GCGGUGGCGGCUCCUUGCGGACCGCGUCCCUGCAGCCUCCCUUUGCCCGGCGGAGACUCAGGAGGAUGAAAGUGAUCACGUGUGAAAUCGCCUGGCACAACAAGGAGCCAGUGUACAGCCUGGACUUCCAGCAUGCGGCAGCCUGCAGGAUCCACAGAUUGGCGUCCGCGGGAGUGGACACCGCCGUCAGGGUCUGGAAGGUGGAGAAGGGGCCAGAUGGGAAAGCCAUUGUGGAAUUUCUCUCCAAUCUCGCUCGGCACACCAAAGCUGUCAAUGUUGUACGGUUUUCACCGACUGGGGAGAUCUUAGCAUCCGGAGGCGAUGAUGCCGUCAUUCUGUUGUGGAAGAUGAAUGAUAGCAAGGAGCCAGAGCCGAGUGCCUUUCAGGAGGAGGACGAGGCUCAGCUGAAUAAGGAGAACUGGACCGUGGUAAAAACCCUGAGGGGCCACUUAGAAGAUGUGUAUGAUAUUUGCUGGGCCACUGAUGGGAAUUUGAUGGCCUCCGCCUCUGUGGAUAACACGGUUAUCAUAUGGGAUGUCAACAAAGGGCAGAAGAUUUCCAUUUUCAACGAACAUAAAAGUUACGUACAAGGAGUUACCUGGGACCCUUUGGGUCAAUAUAUUGCGACCCUGAGUUGCGACAGGGUGCUGCGGGUCUAUAGCACUCAGAAGAAGCGUGUGGCUUUCAACAUUUCAAAGAUGCUGGGACCCGAAGGAGAGGCACGGAGUUUCCGGAUGUUUCAUGAUGACAGCAUGAAGUCAUUCUUCCGCAGACUCAGUUUCACUCCAGACGGGUCUUUGCUUCUCACUCCAGCCGGAUGUAUGGAAUCUGGUGAGAAUGUGACAAACACAACCUACGUGUUCUCCAGGAAACAUCUGAAAAGGCCAAUCGCCCACCUUCCAUGCCCUGGGAAGGCGACUCUCGCUGUCCGCUGCUGUCCAGUCUACUUCGAACUGAGGCCGGCAGCGGAAACAGAGGAGCCCAGCCCCGAGCUGGUGAGCCUGCCCUACCGUAUGGUGUUUGCUGUGGCCUCCGAGGACUCCGUACUGCUGUAUGACACGCAGCAGCCUUUCCCAUUUGGCUACGUGACGAACAUCCAUUACCAUACCCUGAGUGACAUUUCCUGGUCCAGUGAUGGGACCUUCCUGGCCAUUUCCUCCACGGACGGUUAUUGCUCGUUCGUGACCUUUGAGAAGGGUGAACUUGGCGUCCCUUUGAAAGAGAAGCCAGUGUUGAGUGUAAGAACUCCUGAUACAGCCAAGAAAACCAAGAGCCAGACACACCAGGGAUCUCCACCAGGGUCCAGAUCGGCCGAAGGAACCCCCACCGACAGAGUCCAAGAUGCCAGCAGUCCCUGCACCACCCCCUCACCUACCCUGCAGUCUCCAGUUCCCUCUGCCUUCAAGGACAGUCCCUCGGCCCCUGCUGUGGGAGCCCCUCCUGCUGGAGCCACUCCUGCGGGCAAAAGCUCCUUGCCACGGCCUUCUGAGGAGAAAACCCUGCAGCCUGCUGGUCAGAACACAAAAGCUCCCCAACCCCGGAGGGUCACCCUGAACACACUGCAGUCGUGGGGCAAGACAACUCCCCGGCGGAUAAACCUAACACCGUUAAAGGCAGACGCUGCGCCAAAUCCACUACCCACCGGCGGAACUGCCACCUCCUCCACGGAAGAGAUGGCGUCAGAGAUGCCUGAAGAGCCCCAGGAGGAGCCUCCCCAACUAAAGAGGCUCAAACUUCAGGAACAUGAAGAAGGUGCUGAAACCCUAGGUACGGAUGAGGCGUCCAAGUCUGCUUGA